AUGGAGGAUCCAACUGACACUUUAAUUGACACCACCGCAACAACAUUGACGAAGCUAUCCAUUGAAGAUGUACAGGCGAAACACCGCAAGGAGCGCAAAGAACUUCAGGCUAAAAUCCAAGAAUUAAAGAAAAAUGCACCCAAGUCCGAUAAAAAGAAACGAAAAGAGGUGCUGGAAGAAACUGCCAAAUUGGAAGCAAAUCUGGAGGCAAGACAAGCCGAAGAAUUGAAAAAAGCUGAAGCCGAAAUCAAUGCCAAUACUGCAGCCGAAUGUAACGAAAAGAGCCCGGUGGACAAUAAUAAACAACCUCAACAACGCAUAUCGAAGGCACAAAAACGUAGGGAUAAAAAAUCACGCGAAGCACGUCAACGGGAAGAAGAAAUAAAGGCUGCUGUCAAAGAGACGGUCUUUGCACCCAAGGCUGUUGAAUAUCGUAAACUGGUGGAUAAGUUGGAAAAACGCAACUUGGCUCUGCACGACAUCCCCUCGGAUGGUGAUUGUCUCUAUAAUGCAGUGCGUCAUCAGCUACAGCAACACGGUUUGGGAUCGCACAAUAUCCAAGAGCUUCGUCAUGAGACUGCCAAUUAUAUACACGCCAACAAAGAUACGCUUUUACCCUAUAUGACAAAUCCCCAGACUGGUGAUUUGUUAAACGAUGCGGAAUUUGAAAAAUAUUGUGAUGAUGUACGCAAUACGGCAGCCUGGGGUGGACAAAUCGAAUUAAAAGCUCUAUCGACAAUUCUCAAAGUACCAAUUGAAGUAAUACAAGCAGAUGGCUCACCCACUAUCCAAGGAGCAGAAGAAUUUGGUGGUGCACCAUUGAUAAUAACCUAUCAUCGUCAUAUGUAUAGUCAGGGUGAACAUUAUAAUUCGACGGUGGAAUUGACAGGAUGGGAGGGUGAAGAAAAUGAUGAAAAUUAG